GAGCCUGCAGAUUUGAGCUGCACGUCCUGGGGUGCUGAGCCGGGAACAUGAACCUUCUGGGGAGUAAAUAAAUCCCAAACGCUGGGAGCUUGGACAGCACGGAUCCUGCUCACGGUUCAGCUCUCCACCUCCUGGACGGCGGCUCCAUCCCGCCGCGGUGCGGACACCUCUGCUGGCAUUUGCUCCGCGGACUGAGCCUGAGCCACCUCCGGCCCUCCCUGUGCCAGCAGGACGCUCUCAGGCCAUGGGCUGCGGCCCAGCGCCCCGACACCUCUAGCCCCGAGCACCUCGGCCCCACCACGCUGACAAUAAAGCUGCCGCAGAUCUUCAGGGUCCAUCAGGUGCCUCGGAUCUUCUGGGAGGAUGGGAUCAUGUCAGGGUACUGACACCCCACAAGCUCAGCCCUCGACUGUGUCCUCAGCUCCUUCCAGAUGACAAUGAGACAGUCAACAUCUGGACACACUUCUUACCGACCUGGUAUUUCGUGUGGCGCUUCCUGGUGCUCUCACCCUCCCUGGACUUCUGCCGGGAGCCCCACCACUGGCCCCUGCUCACGUACCUGCUGCUCGUCUGCCUCUACCCCUUGGUCUCCAGCUGCGCCCACACCUCCAGCUCCAUGUGGGCGCGCGCCCGCCACAUCUGCCACUUCUGUGACUCCGGAGCCCUCAGCCUCUACAGCCUGGGUGAGCCACUGCGGGGGCCCCGGCGCAGGGACGGGGACAGGGACUGGCAGCCACUGGCCCCCUCGUUUUUUCUUGCAGGCUGUGCGCUCGCCUGCGGUGCCCACACAAUGCCAGACCACUGGGUCAGCGGCGUUUUGCACCGUUACUUUGUCCCCGUGGCUGCUUUUAACUCCUUUGUCUGCACCGGCCUCUCCUGCUACUCCCGCUUCCCUGAGCUGGAGCGUCCCCGUGCUGCGGACGGCGGCUUUCGUGUACCCCUUCCUCUACGACAACAUCCCGCUCUUCUACCGGCUCCUCUUCUGCUUCUUCCCCACUUUUAAAAUACAGCCAAUGACUCUCAUCACUGCAGGAAGGGCACUAACCCAUGUAGCAGCCCCCCAUGGAGGUGCCCACCCAAGGCCUGGGACCCCCAAAUCCCUGACCCCUGCCCGGGCCUGUUUCCCAGCAGGUCCAACACAGUCACCCUGGGGACCCGGGUCUGUCUGUCUGUCUGUGUGAGCGUCACAGCCCAGCAGGGCUGAGGUGCAGUAUUGGGGACCCCACUGCGGUGUUCGUGGCCCCAGUGCAGCAGUGGAGCCAUUGCUGGGUGCUGGGGGGCAGCUGAGGGCUCCGGGCCCCGGGGCUGGAGACAGAGAGGAUUGAGAUUCACUGAGGGCAAGUGCCGGGGGCGGCCCUUGGGCCACAACAACCCCCAGGGGGGCUACAG